AUGACUGCUCCUCGCCUCGCACAGCGCUUCUCCCCAGACUCCGAGCUUCAUCUCCCUCCCGACCGCGUUACCGUGCUCGGUCCGACCAGCCAGUUCGAGGCAGCGACCCUCGUGCGCCGCACCCUCCGCGAUGUAGCAAAGGAGGCCCAGAAUCGGAGACAAAGGCACAUCAAGCACGGCUUCCGUUCGUACGAAGAGUACUUCUUCUACGCGUCGAGAUCCGUCGCGUUAGGAAUACUCCAUGAGAGAGCUCGCACGCCAUAUGGUCUGCCAGGGACGUAUCGCUCGCCGCUGGUCGAAGAGGCUUGGUGGGCGGUGGGCCUGCCAUCAAACUUGCAGACUCUGGACUUCCGCGUGUGGGACGAAUACGCCGGCAGCUCACCUUCACCUGCGACAACCGCUGCCCUCACGAUCGACGUCUUCAAGCUGGUCCGCGGGCGAUUCGCCACUCACCUCGCGCUGGCAAAUCACGGUGCCCUCCGAAUGUACGCUGAGGAAGUCAAGCAUAGCCCGGAGCUGCUGGUCCCUGCAGGAGAGCUCCACGACGGUGGACUCGAUUGGACCAACGUCCUCGUCCAGCACCACCUAGUCAUUGAGCCGGACCUCAUUCUUGGGUCCAGAGAUACCAGCUCGCCACCUCCGCCUCGCGACGCUAUGUGCACCGGCAUCCCUCGGACGGGACAAGACGCGGCACCGUUCUCGACCGUCAACUUUACCGGAGCAAAUGUUCUCGUCCUCCCGCUCGUCGAUGUCCUCGCCUACGAGCUGGAGAUCGUUUGGCAAGGCUUCGACUUUCGCGUCCGAAGCGAAGGGCAGAGUCGAGGCGUGCGCAAAGACGCAGCGUGCGUUGCGGUCUUCAAUGUGAUGCUUGCAUGGGACCUGGUCGACCGGCUCGCAGCAGCGCGGAUCUACCUCGAGACGUGCGACGUCAGCAAACUCGCCAUCCAUGCCCACGAGCUCAUGGACCGGAUGCACGACACGCACGACAUCUGCGGCUACCAAUUCUUCUACGACUGGGUGAUGGAUCAGCUGGGCGAGCGGCGUCGAGCCGAGGUUGCGAAGGACGUCGUGCAUUUUCUGCAGCCAUUCUGGCCUGCCCUAGGUGACGAGCGGCUGUAUGGCGAGCAGACUCGCGGCAGGAACUGUCGGGACGUCGCCGCGGAGCUUUGCAGGGCGCUCAAGAUGAUCUACGACCUGGUGAGGCGGGAGCGAAGCGUUUCCUCUCAAAACUGA